AGGGUUCUGCAAUUCAAAUUCCUUUAAUGGCUGUCGCUGAAACUCCAGCCGGAGCUGAAGAAGAAUAACCCUUAAACUUGAUCUUCUCCAACUUUCUGAAUCUAGUCCGAGUUUCACUUAACCGUCGAAAUCCACGGUAAGAAAAUCUACCAAAGACUGUUCUUUAUUAUCAUCUUGAGCUCAAACCUAGGCUCUUUGAUCUUGUAUUCGUCACCAGUCUCCACAUCUCAUAAAUCUAGUCAUGAACCGUUUUCAGAAACUCAGAACGAAGAGUGUUUUUAAAUGGGUUUCUCUAAAUUUCUCAGAAAACCUCCUCAAAUCGUCAAAAGCCCCAUUUUUGGGUGCUGGGUCAUUUCGCAUUUGCCCAAACCCUAGAUUUUAUGGAAGAAAAACAAGCGCUGAAUCCGAAAAUUUUCAAAAUUCGGUGGAAACCUCGAUCAUUGAUUUUGAAAAUGUUGGCCAUAUUUCUCGGACAACCAGGGCGCAAGCUCAAGCCGCAUUGUUGGAAUACUUGCACUGUACUAGGUCCUUACAGUUUAUGGAUGCAGAGAAUAUGAGUAAAAAUUCUCCAUUUUUUCUUGAAAAGAUUUUGGGAAAGGUAAAAAAUGAAGCAGAGAUUGGGAAGUCCAUAACCAGGUUCUUGCGGUAUCACCCCAUUAAUGAGUUUGAACCAUUCUUCGAAAGUUUGGGUUUAACACCUUCUGAGUUUACGAAUCUUCUUCCGCGGAAUUUGAUGUUUUUGUGUGAUGAUCAGGUGUUGUUAGAGAAUUAUUAUAUUUUGUGUAAUUAUGGGAUAGCUCGGAAUAAGAUAGGAAAGAUUUACAAGGAAGCACCAGAGGUUUUCAGAUAUGAUUCUGGGGUUUUGCGGUUGAAGCUCCAAGCUUACCUAGAACUAGGGUUGAGCCAAUCUACUAUGAUAAAGGCUAUUGCUUCAAGUCCAUAUCUUUUGAUUGGAGAUGCCAAUAUGGAUUUUGUUAAGGCUAUGGAAAAGUUGAAGAGUGUGGGGAUCGAAUCCAAUUGGAUUGAGAAGCAUUUAUCAGAGGGAAAUUAUUAUGAUUGGAGCCAAAUGGUUGGACUUCUAUGCUUAUUUAGCAAAAUGGGUUUCAAUGGAGAGCAGUUAGGUGAAUUGAUAAGACAACAUCCUGGGAUUCUGCUUGAGUGUUCAGGGAAUUUGGCACAUUCUUUAGUUGGGUUAUUGUUGAAGUUUGGUUUCACCACGAAUGAGAUAUAUAUAUUUUUUCUGCAGUUCCCACCAAUUGAAUUUGGGAAGUUCUAUAGGAAUUUCAGGCACUGCUAUCUAUUUCUGAUUGAGAUUGAGUUGGAGGUUGAGGAGAUUGGCAGAAUUGUUCGUUCUCACACUGUGCUGCUGGGUUCAUGUGCACUGAAGAGAGUUAACAGUUUACUUGCUAACUUGAAUAUUGGGAAGAAGCGACUUUGUGGAAUUAUCAAGGAUAAUCCACAAGAGUUGAAGAAGUGGGUUUUGGGAUCGAGGGUUGGACCAUUACCAAACUUAGGGGAAGACCUAAGAUCACAGCUACAGAAGACUAAGUUCUUGUCAGACUUGGGAUAUGUUGAGAACACAAAGGAAAUCGAAAAGGCACGCAAGCUAUUCCGAGGCAAAGGAAUGGAGCUUCAAGAGAGAUUUGAUUUUCUUAUGAAAGCUGGUUUGGAUAGAAAGGAUGUCUCCGAGAUGAUCAAAGUAGCCCCUCAAAUUCUGAACCAAUCAACUGAUGUGAUUGAAAUGAAGAUUGAUUAUUUAAUACAUGCUUUGGGUUAUCCCAUAUCGUCUUUAGUGACAUUCCCUUCUUAUCUUUCCUAUACAACUGAAAGGGUUGAGCUUAGGAUGUCUAUGUAUAAUUGGCUCAAAGAUCAAGGAGUGGCAGAACCCAAUUUGGCAUUGAGCACUAUUAUUGCUUGUUCAGAUAAUUAUUUUAUAGACCGUUAUGUAAAUCGUCACCCCAAAGGAGCUGAAAUUUGGGAGAAGUUGAAGCAAAAAAUUUAUUCAAAUUAAAAAAAAAAUUAUUAUAUAUCUAUUACUUGUACUACUUGUAUGGGAUUUUCCAUGCAAAUAUCACCAGAAUGGUGUGAGGAAUGGGAAUACUUGGUCUUGUUACUCCUGCGAGCUGAGAAAUAUAUCCAGCAUUAUUUCUCCAUAUAUUGUAAAUUCAAGCCACUUCUUCUCAAUUCUCACAUGCGUGAACAUAUGGAGCAAAGUGGAUCAGACGCCGAAGGCCUUGGGAGUCAAUCCCUCUGAAGAUAAGAUUGGAGAACAAGUCAAAAGAAGGAAAUGAAGGAUCUGGCAAUGAUGGGUUGUCUCCAUCCGCCAUCCGCCAUCCGCCAAUCAUAUGCUGAAAAUUCAAUUAGAAAUCUUCAAAAACCACGUUCUCUAAUCUAUGGGAUAUGAGAAACUUCAACUUCUGUAGAUGUAAAGCCAAGAAAAGUGCGUCAGUGCAAGAACUGUUUUACUUUUACCUUUAAAAUUUUCAGCCACUCAUGUAUUUUAAUUAUUAUUUGGCUAAAGUUAGUAAGACCCUGAAAAUUUGAAGAUUUUCUUAUCAUUUUGAAAAUUUGAAUCAUUGAAAUGUUUUCUUAA